AUGGUGACCGCUGUGUUUGAGGAGGUCACAGGCCACCCAAUAGUGACCCACGGAAGGUUCUUUCCUUCAGAGAAUGACUCACACAUGAUGCUGACAGGAGUUGUGCUCACAUACAGGAUGAGGAUGAGGAGUUUAGUGCUGCUGCUGCUGGCUCCUCUCACUGUCAUGGCCAUGGGACACUGGUGUGAGAGACAGGAGCAGCACUGGCAGGAGCACCCCCUGUCCCCUCGCCUGCAGCUGGAGGUGGGCUGCUCUCUGCUGUACCAGUACAACAUACAGGGCUGGAGACUGGACGUGGAGCGCAUGAGGGCUCGACACGGAGGCGACGACGGCAUCGCUCUGUACUACCAACAACAGGGCGACAAAGCCAAGUGCCUCCUGUACAAACCUUCAGAGAUGGAGCGUGAGCUGGUGAACAGGACCGUGCGAGCGUGCUGUGAGGGCUGGACCGGAGCACACUGCAAAGACGCUGUGGGGGCCCGGGGCCAGUGCUUCUCCACCUGGAGCUGUGAGGACUUCCCUGGGAUGUCCAGCUCCACCCUGGUGCAGCUGGAGCAGUGCUGCAGCCAGAAGGGGGCGCUAAGCUGGAGGAACGCAUCUGACCACACCUGCCUGUCCUGCACCUACACCCUGCUGCCCGACUCUCAGGCGUCUCCUCUGGUGCGUGGGGGUCUGUUGUCCAGUAUGAGGGCCCCUCAGAGCUCUGGUACCUGCAUGUCCUGGGGAGGCAGCCACUACAGGAGCUUCGACCGCAAGCACUUCCACUUCCAGGGGGGCUGCACCUACCUGCUGGCCUCCUCCACCGACGGGACCUGGGCCGUGUACAUGGGCAGCAGCUGUGAGGGACACGAACACUGCACCAAGACUUUGAAGAUGAUGCUGGGUCUGGAUUUAGUGACCAUUCACCAGAGGAACCUCACUCUCAACAGUGUGCCUGUGGUCCAGGGAGAACCCAUCUUCCACAACGGUGUGAGUGUCCAUUGGGUGGGGGACUUUGUGUUUGUGGACAGUGGUCUGGGGGUCCGGCUGAAGUUUGACUUGUCCAACACUGUGUACCUGACUGUGAGCAGUGAGCACCUGGGCACCACCAGAGGCCUGUGUGGAAUCUACAACAACAACGCUGAUGAUGAUUUCACGACUGCGAGUGGAAGUGUGUCUCAGUAUGCUGCCAGCUUUGGUAACUCCUGGAGAGUUCCAGACCAACAAAAUGAGGAGUGCAGCGACGCGGCUGAGCUCGGUCACAGCUGUGCAGUGUCUGGAGACAAAGCGUUACAGCGGGAGGCGGAGUCUGUGUGCCAUCGACUGCUGGAGGAGCCCUUCACCCACUGCCACUCCAGAGUGGAUCCAGCGGCGUACAUAGAUACAUGUCUGUACCUGUUCUGCAGCCUGGGCCCUGCAGACAGACAGACUGCUGUGUGUGACACUGUGGCCAGUUACACCAGAGAGUGUGCCCAGCAGCAUGUGCUCCUCACCUGGAGGAGCAGAGACUUCUGUGCUCGUGUAUGUCCUCGUGGGCAGGUCUUCUCUGACUGCGUGUCCUCGUGUCCCCCCACCUGUGCGUCCCCUCCUCUGGGACAGUGCAGAGAGGAGUGUGUGGGGGGCUGUGAGUGUCCCCCAGGACUGCACCUGCACCAGGGCCAGUGUCUACAGAGAGACCAGUGCCCCUGCUUCCACCGCAGACAGACAUACCAGCCCGGGGAGCACAUCCAGCAGAGAUGCAACACCUGUGUGUGCCAAGCAGGCCAGUGGCAGUGCACAACAGAAAAGUGCUCUGCUCAGUGCAGCCUGCUCGGGGCGCUCCAGGUCACCACAUUUGACAAGAAGAGAUACUCACUCCAGGGAGGGGACUGUGCGUUCACCGCUGUGGAGGACUUUGUCGACAGGAAGCUGGUGGUGAGAGUGCGCACGGAGGACUGCAGAGGAGGGGGGCGGGGCUGUCUGAUGGAGCUGUCAAUCACUGCUCUGCGCACCACCGUCACCAUCACACACUCAGGCACAGUGACAGUGAAUGGGCACAGAGAGCUGCUGCCCGUGGUGACUGGAGACCUGGUGGUGCAGAGGGCCUCCUCGUCCUUCGUCCUGGUCCAAACUUUUGGGGCCCAGCUGCUGUGGCACCUGGAGGGACCCCUGGCCCUCAUCACUCUACAGCCAGGCUUUGCACACAAGGUCCGUGGUCUGUGUGGCACUCUGACAUGGACACAGGAUGAUGAUUUCACCACUCCAGAGGGCGAUGUGGAGAGCAGCGUCUCGUCUUUCGCAGAAAAGUUCACCACAGGGCACUGCAGGGGCCCCACAGGAGGGGCCCCAGACCCCUGCACCACCUACACCCAGAGGAGACACUACGCAGAGGCCCUGUGCUCUGUCAUACACAGCCAGCUUUUCCAGAAGUGUCAUGAUGUGGUGGAGAGGGAGCCAUACUUCCGCCUGUGUCUGUCUGAGGUGUGUGGCUGUGGCCCCACAGAGUCAUGCCACUGCACUGUGCUGACCGCAUACACCCAACACUGUGCCCAAGAGGGGGCGCAAGUGCACUGGAGGAACCACACCUUCUGCUCGGCGCAGUGCUCGGGGGGUCAGGUGUAUCAGGAGUGUGGCCGUGCCUGUGGGAGCUCGUGUUCAGACCUGCACAGAGACUGGAGCUGUGGCGCAGACAGCAGUGGACUGAACACCAGGUUGUGUGUGCCUGGCUGCCAGUGUCCCCCUGGCCUGCUCCAGGACCACCAGGGCCAGUGUGUGCCCACCAUGUGCCCCUGUGUGCAAGGGGACAAGACAUACCUCCCAGGAGCCCACAUCCACAACAACUGCAACACCUGUGUGUGUGAGCAGGGUGCAUUUAACUGCUCUCACAAGGUGUGUGAGAAGGUGAGCCAGUGUCCCGGGGCUCUGGUGUACUCUCCACGCUCAUGUCUGCUGACCUGUUCCAGUCUGGACCCUCCAUCAGGGCAGCAGGCCCAGUGCAGAGAGCCACUGUCUGGGUGUGUGUGUCCUCAGGGGACUGUGCUGCUGGGUGACCAGUGUGUGCUCCCAGACGAGUGUCCCUGUCACCAUAACGGGCGACUGUACUACGCCAAUGACACCAUCAGGAAAGACUGCAACAAGUGUGUGUGUCAGGCGCGUCGCUGGCACUGCACCCAGUUGCCCUGUUCUGGGGUGUGCGUCGCCACGGGAGAUCCACACUACGUGACGUUUGAUGGGCGCACGUUCUCCUUCCUAGGGGACUGUCAGUACGUGCUGGCCCGGGAGAGGAGUGGUCUGUUCACUGUGACAGCGGAGAACGUGCCGUGUGGAAGUACUGGAGUCACCUGCACCAAGUCUGUGACCCUGAGCCUGGGGAACACCGUCAUACACCUGCUCCGAGGCAAAGCGGUGACGGUAAAUGGGAUGCCGGUGACGCUGCCUAAGUGGUACAGCGGCAGUGGUCUGAGCCUGGAGCAGACAGGCCUGUACGUGUCCCUCUCAUCUCGGCAGGGGGUCACUCUGCUAUGGGACGGAGGGAUGCGAGUGUACGUGCGUCUGGCCGCUCACCUCCGCGGCCGAGUGGGGGGCCUGUGUGGGAACUUUGAUGGAGACACAGAGAAUGACUUCACCACGAGGCAGGGGAUCGUAGAGUCCACCCCAGAGCUGUUUGGAAACUCAUGGAAAGUCAGCCCCUCCUGUCCCGACGUGGACGACCAAGACCUCAGGGACCCAUGUAAACGGAACCCUCACAGAAUGACCUGGGCCAGGAAAAGGUGCUCGGUGCUGACCCAGGACCUGUUCUCCCACUGUCACCCUGAGGUGCCCUUCCAGCAGUACUACGACUGGUGUGUGUUCGACGCCUGUGGAUGUGACUCUGGAGGGGACUGUGAAUGUCUAUGCACAGCUCUGGCAGCCUACGCCGAGGAGUGUAACCGCAGAGGAGUCUAUGUGCGCUGGAGGUCUCAGGAGAUAUGCCCUUUGCAGUGUGAGAAUGGUCUAGUGUAUGAGCCCUGUGGUCCGGCCUGUACUCCGUCCUGUCCCACUGUCCCUCAGAGUCAGCACUCCCAAUGCACUGUCCUGUCCUGUGUAGAGGGCUGCUUCUGCCCCCCUGGCACUGUGCACCAUGGGGACAGCUGUGUCGCUCCAGCCCAGUGUCCGUGUGAGUGGGACGGCUCCAUGUUUCCUCCUGGUUCAGUCAUCAGCCAGCACUGUCAGAACUGUUCGUGUGAGGAUGGCCUGUGGCGGUGUGUGGGGGUUGCCUGUCCCCCUCCGCGCUCCUCCUGUGAGCCUGGAGAGUUCACCUGUGCUGGGGGGCGCUGUAUCCCCUCAGACUGGGUCUGUGAUAAUGAAGACGACUGUGGGGAUGGGUCUGAUGAGAUCUGCCCCUCUACCUGUGCUCCACAACAGUUCCGCUGCUCCAGCACUCCCAGUGGACCAUGUCUGGACUUGGCUCUGCGCUGUGACGGCCACCCUGACUGCACUGACCAAUCAGAUGAGGAGUUCUGUGGACCGGCCACACCCCUGCCCCUCUGCUUGCCAGGAGAGUUCCAAUGUGCCAACGGGAAGUGUUUGCAGGCAAGCCAGGUGUGCGACGGGAGACUGGACUGUGGCUUUGCAGAUAGCUCCGAUGAACAAGACUGUGGAGCGGUGUGUGAUGAAGGGGAGUUCCUGUGUGCUGGGGGCCGCUGUAUCCUCUACAUCCACCGCUGUGACGGCCAUGACGACUGUGGGGACCUCAGUGAUGAGAGGGGGUGUGUGUGUUCCCCAGGAGAGUUCCAGUGUCCCGGAGACCAGUGUGUCCCAGCAGAUCGAGUGUGUGAUGGACUUAAGGACUGUCCAAUGGGGACGGAUGAAGCGGUCUGUCCUAGCAAAGUGACUUGUGCUCCUGAACAGUUUGCCUGCUCUGAUGGUUCAUGUAUCCACUCGAGCCGCCUCUGUGACGGGAGAGCAGACUGUCCCAGUGCAGAGGACGAGAGGCCAAACAACUGUCACACCCUGAUCCUGCCCUCAGCCCCACCCACUCCCCCCACAACAGCCUGCAGGCCCUAUGAGUUUCCGUGCUCCUCCGGGAGGCAGUGCGUCCCUCAGACGUGGCGCUGUGAUGGGGAGACAGACUGUGUGGAUGGCAGUGAUGAGCAGGGCUGUUCUGCUCUGUGUGGACCCGGCCAAGUGCCAUGUGUGAGCGGGGACCAGUGUGUGCCCUACCAGCUCCUGUGUGAUGGUACGCCCCACUGCAGGGAUGCAUCUGAUGAGAGCGUGGACAAGUGUGGUUCCACUGUGAUACCACCGUGUCCAGGCAGCUUCUCCUGUGACAACCGCACCUGUGUCAACAUGACACAAGUGUGCAAUGGGGUCCCCGACUGUCCCCGCGGAGAAGAUGAGCUGGUGUGUGAUAAAACUCCAGAACCAUCUGGCCAUAACAGAAGUACAUCCUGUCCUGAAUUCACCUGCUCAGACGGCUCCUGUGUUCCCUUCAACAUGGUUUGUAAUGGGGUGGCAGACUGCCCUGAUUCUCCCUCCCCAGCAGCAGAUGAGCAGGGCUGUAGACAGUGGGGCCCCUGGGGGCCCUGGAGCUCCUGCAGUGUCACAUGUGGCACAGGGUCAAUGAGACGACAGCGCUCCUGCUCUCCUGGGGACCCGCUGUACCAGUGCAGGGGUCAGAGUGUCCAAAGACAGCAGUGUUUUAACACCACCUGCCCAGUGGAUGGAAAGUGGUUGCCGUGGAUGACCUGGUCCAACUGUUCCAGUGGGUGUGGAGGAGUACAGGUGCGACACAGAGGCUGUAGCCCUCCUCUCUAUGGAGGCAGAGACUGCACUCAGCUCCCCGGGUCAGACAACUCAGCCAUGGAGAUCUUGCCCUGUCCGGAAGAUGGAUGUGCCAAUGCCAGCUGCCCCUCAGGCCUGGUCAAACACAGCUGUGCCCCCUGCCCCAUGUCCUGUGCCCAUGUCAACAGUGGGAUGUCCUGUGACCCCACUGCACCCUGCUUCUCAGGCUGCUGGUGUCCUCCAGGUCUGGUCAUGAGCCACACGCAGCAGUGUGUUGGCCCAGACGAGUGUGUGUGUGAGGUGGCUGGGGUGAUGUACUGGCCAGGACAGCAGAUCAAACAGGACUGUGAGCUGUGUGUGUGUGAGAGAGGGAGAGUCCAGAGGUGCCAGCCCAACCCCGACUGCACCAUGCACUGUGGUUGGUCGUCCUGGUCUGAGUGGGGAGAGUGUCUGGGGCCCUGUGGGGUCCAGAGUGUCCAGUGGUCCUUCCGCAGCCCCAACAACCCCUCCACGCUGGGGGAUGGGAGAGCCUGCAGGGGCAUUUAUAGAAAAGCACGCAGAUGCCAGACAGAGGCGUGUCAUGAGUGUGAGUACCAGGGUCAGACUCACACUGUGGGCGACCGCUGGAGAGCAGAGCCAUGCCAGCUGUGCCAGUGUAUGCCCAACCUCAGUGUGCACUGCGCCCCCUACUGCCAGUACGCUGCAACAGGUUGCCCUCAGGGUCAAAUUUUAGUUCCUGGAGAAGGUGACAGAUGCUGCUACUGCCAAGGAGACAAUGAGACAUUUUUAUUCACUGUCGGCCCAAGUGUAUCCCCCAAACCGGGAGAUACUACACCUCUGGUCCCCACAUACCCACUUCCACCAGGAGAUGAGUGCUGGUCCCCUCUUGGUGUCCAGUCUCUCCCAGCGUCCAGUUUCAGUGCGUCCUCUCAGCAGACAGGACACCCCCCUGAGGCAGCACGUCUCCACGGCUGGGACUCCCACACUGACCUCCAGGGCUGGAGUCCAGAGCCAGAAGAAUACAGAGACCUGCCCCAGAGGAGUCCAGAGGGCCACAGCAGCAGAACACCAAGCCCCUUCAUACAGAUCAACCUCCUGCAGCCGUAUAACAUCACUGGUGUGCUGACUCAAGGGGGCGCUGUGUAUGGCACGUACGUUUCCAGUUUUUAUCUACAGUUUAGCCAUGAUGGCAAGACUUGGAACACUUACAAAGAGCUGGUGACUGAUGCCCGACCCAAAGCCAAGGUUUUUAUUGGUAACCAUGACGACCAGGGCGUGGCUGAAACCAGACUGGACAGAAUGGUGUCGGCUCAGUAUGUCCGCCUGCUGCCUCAUGACUUUCAACACGGCAUUUACCUUCGACUGGAGAUCAUGGGCUGUGCUGAUGGGGCCCGUUGGAUCACCACCCCUCAGCCGUACCCCGUCAGCCCUGGAGGUGGGUGCAGGAGGGGGCAGUUCCAGUGUCAGAACGGGCGCUGUGUGGAGGCCGGCCCACAAGGGGUGGUGUGUGAUGGGGUCAAUGACUGCGGAGAUGGGUCUGACGAGAGGCUCUGUGGCACCGUGCCCUCCACUACCCCCCGCAGUCCCCGCAGAUGCCCAGUGGGCCAGUUCUCCUGCCCCCCGGGGAUCUGCAUUGAUGCAAGCAAGCGCUGUGAUGCAGUAUCCCACUGUCCUGGAGGAGAGGACGAGAUGGGCUGUCAUCCCCACGACAUCACCACACAGUCAGACAGACCCCACACACAGACCCCUGCUCCACUCAGGACGCCCUCCAAAGCCUCUGUCACCCACCCGGCUGUUACUCCUACUCAUGGUCCCAAGUACGAGGGUAUCUGCUCCUCUCCUCUGGGACUGGAGGAUGGGAGGAUUCACUAUGGUCAGCUGACCUCAUCCACAUAUCGAGAGAACAACCCUGCUGACGCCGGGCGGCUUAACAUUGUACCCAACGUAAAGGUGAUGGAGCCUGGCUGGAGCCCUCUGCCCACAGACCCUCAGCCCUACUUUCAGGUGGACUUCCUAGAGCCCACCUGGGUGUCUGGAGUAGUGACCCAGGGCAGUGAGCGUAUGUGGGGCUACCUCAGCAAGUACCGCCUGGCCUUCUCCCUCCACGGCAAGCACUUCACAGACUAUACAGAGAGUGGCAAAGCUGGAAGUCCCCCUAAGGUGUUCGAGGUGCGCAUGGUGGGCAGGAGCCCUGUGACGCGCUGGCUCGGGCGGCUGCUCAGAGCUCGAUACCUCCGCAUCAUCCCUGUGGAGUUCAGACACACCUUCUACCUGCGAGCGGAGAUCCUGGGCUGCACAGGAGAUGAGAUGGUGACCCCUAGCAGUUGGACCAGCACUCCCUCUGGUGGUGGAGUAACAGUACAGCGCUGUAGGAGAGGGCAGUUUGCUUGCAGGUACAGUGAGGACUGUGUCUCUGUGUCUGUGCUGUGUGAUGGUAAACCGGACUGCAAGGAUCACUCAGAUGAGAUCAGCUGUGGUACAAGCCCGACCCGGGGCUUCCCUGGUCUGCAGAACCACACCAGCCCCACAGGGCGUCCCUCUGAGCGGGGAGACAACAGCACUGGAGCACCAGGCCUUCACACCACCAGGUCUCAUGGAAGACAGCCAGGGUUCCAGUCUACCACUCCCAGCACAGGUUCAUGCUUACUCAGUUGGUGGACCACCACAGGUCAGCCUGGUCUAGAUCUCAGCACCUCCAGUCACUCUGGAAAACCAGGGCUCCAUAGCACCAGAGCCCCAUGGAUGAGUAGCACUCCUGAUGGGGGCCUGCCCAGAGUGGUGUGUGUGGAGGGCCAGUUUGCCUGCAGGACCUUUGGCUGUGUGGACUCUUCACAGGUGUGUGACGGCAGACAGGACUGCAUGGAUGGGUCUGACGAAAGACACUGUGGAACCACAGCCCGUCCUACUGUGACCCCCAGAGUGCCCAGUCCAUGCUCACCAAAGCAGUUCUCAUGUGGUAGUGGGGAGUGUGUGCACCUGGACCGCAGGUGUGACCUGCACCAGGACUGUUUGGAUGGCUCUGAUGAGAAGGACUGUGUGGACUGCAUCAUGUCUCCGUGGACCUCCUGGAGCCAGUGCAGUGUGUCCUGUGGCCUGGGCUCUCUGUUCAGGCAGAGGGACAUCCUGAGGGAGGCCCUGCCUGGAGGAGCCUGCGGGGGAGCACAAUUUGACAGUCGUGCCUGCUUCCCCCGGGCCUGCCCAGUGGAUGGUCAGUGGUCAGCCUGGACACACUGGUCAGACUGUAAUGUGGAGUGUGGAGGGGGGCUCACACACAGGAACAGGAGCUGCUCUCCUCCAAAGAACGGAGGCCACGACUGUGAAGGCAUGAGCCAACAGAGCCAGAGCUGCAACAACCAGCCCUGCACCAAGGACGUGAGCACACAGACGGGCUGUGUGAAUGGCAUGGUGCUAGUGACAGAGGCAGACUGCCAGAGGGGAAAGGUGAAGCCCUGUCCGCCCACAUGCUCUCACCUGGGCCAGGGCAGCAACUGCACCAGUGCAUGUGUGCCAGGGUGCCGCUGUCCCCAUGGCCAGUACCUCCUGGAUGGUCGAUGUGUGGCCCCGGCUCAGUGUGGCUGUGUGUGGGGUAACCACAGUCUGCAUGAAGGACAGGUGCUCAGGAGGGACCCCUGCACUACAUGUUUGUGCAGAGAUGGACGGGUCACCUGUAACUCCAGCAGCUGUGUCCAGAGCUGUAAUUGGUCAGUCUGGUCGUCAUGGACACCGUGUACUGUGACCUGUGGACUGGGGCUACAGCAGCGCUACAGGUCUGCGGUGGUCCCUACAGGAGCCCUCCAUCUCCAACCCUGCCCUGGAGACUCUACCCAGGCCCGCAGCUGCUUCACUCCCUGUGUUGACGGUGUCUCUGAUGGAGAGUGGAGUAAGUGGACAUCCUGGUCAGAGUGCAGUAAGACCUGCUUCAGCCACGUGGACGAUGUGGGGGUCAGACGGAGGUUCCGCAACUGUAACCACACGACCGGCCCUCACAAGCUCACCCAGAGCUCCUGUGAGGGGGACUCAGAGGAACAGGAGCCCUGCAAUACUCUCCGCUGCCCAGUAAACGGUGGCUGGUCUGCGUGGUCGCCCUGGUCCCAUUGCUCAUCAGACUGUGACUCUGGAGUCCAAACCAGAGACAGGUUGUGUAACUCUCCUCCUGCUCAGUACGGAGGAGAGAGCUGCCCCGGCCCUCACAUCCAGACCAGAGACUGCAACGCCCAUCCCUGCUCAGGUGUGUGUCCGAGGGGCAUGAUGUACCUAACCAAAGCAGAGUGUGAGGCUCAGGGCGGAGCAUGUCCACGCGUCUGUCUGGACAUGACUUCUGCUGAGGUGGAGUGCGCUACCACCUGUUACGACGGCUGCUACUGUGCCCAGGGCUUCUACCUCUACAAUGGAACCUGUUUGCCUCUAGCCCGCUGCCCGUGUUACCACCAGGGGGAGCUCUUGCACGCUGGAGCUUCACUUCCAUAUGACGCUUGUAACAACUGCACAUGCACAAAUGGAGAAAUGCAGUGUGGAACAGCCCAAUGCCCUGUGGACUGUGGCUGGAGCAGUUGGACUCAGUGGAGCAGCUGCAGUCGCUCCUGUGACGUGGGAGUGAGGAGGCGCUAUCGCUCCGGGACCAACCCUCCGCCAGCGUAUGGAGGUCGCCCAUGUCAGGGACAGAGAGUGGCUAUCGACACCUGCAGCAUAGAGCCCUGCUUUGGUCUGAAGGAGCCAUGGAGUGCGUGGUCACAGUGCUCGGUCACAUGUGGAGGGGGGUACAGGAGCAGGACCCGGGGGCCCAUCCGUACUCACGGCACCGCCCAGCAGUUCAGUGCCUGUAACCUGCAGCCCUGUGGUGAAGACCGAGCCUGUCCCCCUGAGCAGGAGUGGAAGCAGUGUGUGAGUGGACCUGUGUCUUGCACUGACCUGCUCAUGGGCCUGAGCCGCAACUGCACCCCGGGCUGCCAGUGUCCUCCUGGGACUGUCCAGCAGGAUGCGGCUGAGUGUGUGCUGAAGUCUGAGUGCCGCUGUGAUGUGAAUGGGCAUCAGUAUUACCCUGGAGACUCUGUUCCUGUGGACUGCAACAACUGCACAUGUGAAGGUGGGAGGCUGCUCAACUGCACGCAGCUCGACUGUGAUGCUGAUGGAGAGUGGUCUCAGUGGACUCCGUGGGGCCAGUGCUCUGUGUCGUGUGGAGCAGGGCUGCAGUCUCGUUAUCGCUUCUGCUCCAGCCCUCUGCGCUCUGGUGCAGCUCCUCCCUGUGCAGGCCCCCACCGAGAAGACCAAGUCUGUGUCACGCCCCCCUGUGAUCGUGACGGAGGGUGGGGCCAGUGGAGUAACUGGACAGAGUGCUCUAAGUCAUGUGGAGGAGGAGUGAGGAGCAGGAGACGAGAGUGUGACAGUCCCACACCAGAAGGAGAGGGCAACUACUGUGAGGGGCUGGGCACAGAGGUGGCAGCCUGCAGCACUCUGCACUGCCCAGUGGCCCCGUGUUCUGAGGUCCCAGGUACAGUGUUCAGCAGCUGUGGACCAUCAUGCCCGCGCUCCUGUGAUGACCUGACUCAUUGUGACUGGCGCUGUGAGCCAAGCUGUUACUGCACUGAGGGAAAGCUGCUGUCUGCCAAUGGGACGUCCUGCGUGGAGAGGGACGAGUGCCCCUGUCUGGACCUGAGCAGCGGACAGCGCCUGGAGCCUGGAGAGAGCGUCACUGCUCCUGAUGGCUGCAACAACUGCACAUGUGAAGAAGGAAGGUUCAACUGCACCAGAGAUCCCUGUCCAGUGGCUGGCGGCUGGUGUGAGUGGUCAGACUGGACGCCCUGCUCCAGGACAUGUGGGGCAGAGUCAGUCUCCCGCUACAGGAGCUGUGGAUGUCCCGAGCCCAAAGAGGGAGGGGCUACCUGUCCUGGGGAGCAGGAAGUGCACAACGGGGUGGGAGUCCAGAUCCAGAGACAGCCCUGUCCUGUCAUCAGCUUCUGUCCUGUGCAUGGAGCGUGGAGCCCGUGGUCAGCCUGGUCCGAGUGUGACGGCUGUGAGGGGGCCUCCACACGGACCAGGCAGUGUAACAGUCCCCCCGCCAGGUUCGGAGGUCUGCCCUGUGUAGGAGAGAGCAGACAGAGCCGCGGCUGCCAUGACAACAUGACUCUUUGCUCAGACUGUGGUGGGGGGCAGGUGGACUGGCCAUGUGGAAAGCCCUGUCCCCGCUCCUGCUCUGACCUCCAUGGGGACACGGAGUGCCUGGACACCCCUGGGUGCAGCCUGACCUGUGGAUGCCCCGGCGACAUGGUGCUGCAGGAUGGAGUGUGUGUGAGCAGAGAGGAGUGUCGCUGUAAAUUUCACAACAGCUCUGCUACUGGGGGCCUGGAGUCAAGUAACGCCUCAUGGGUGUGGCCCGGGGACUUUGAUUGGCAGUUUGCUAACCCAGGAGAGAGUAUCAUCACCGACUGUAAAAACUGUUCGUGCGAGGCGGGGGUGCUGCUGUGUGACUCAGUCCCAGGCUGCCAUGUUGACGGGGGGUGGAGUCAGUGGAGUCCCUGGGCUGAGUGCUCCUUGUCCUGUGGAGGCGGAGUCAAGUCCAGGACACGCCUCUGCAAUAACCCCACCCCUCAGAGUGGUGGGCGGGGUUGCCUGGGGGUGGUCGAGCAGCGGAAAGAAUGCAACACUCACAUCUGCACUGACUCAGUGGGGCCGUGGUUGCCGUGGUCACAGUGGUCCGUGUGCACUGUGAGCUGUGGAGGGGGGCAGCAGUCUCGUGUCCGUCUGUGCAGGUCUCCUCCCUGCAGUGGACCUAGUCGCCAGAGCAAGACCUGCCACACCCAAGUCUGCCUGGAGGUGGGCUGUCCUCCAGGCCGACUGUACCGUGAGUGUGAGCGCGGGGAAGGCUGUCCCUUCAGCUGUUCCCAGAUCAGUGGGAGAGAGAGCUGCUACUCUGAUGGCUGUGAGGAGGGCUGCCACUGCCCCCCCAACACCUACCAGCACCAGGGAGACUGUCUGCAGGAGUGCCCAUGCCUGGUGGAUAAGGACUUCCUGGGCUCUUUACAGAGUGUCUCCGUGUCCCCACUCUCCUCUCUGUUUGUCUACAACAUCUCUGAGGGCAUGGAGCUGCAGUCAGGAGAAUCUUUUGUGCACGACUGCAGUGCAUGUGAGUGCAUGCAUGGGCGAUGGAACUGUUCCCUGGAGAACUGCCCGGUGGAUGGGGGCCUCUCCUCGUGGGGCCCCUGGAGCCCCUGCUCUCUGUCCUGUGGAGGACUGGGCAUGAAGACCCGCUUUAGGAGCUGCACACAGCCUGCUCCUGCCCAUGGAGGGAGGGAGUGCCAGGGCGCACGCCAGGAGACCACCUACUGCCAGGCACCAGACUGUCCAAGUGAGCCCUUUGGGCCGACCGAGGAGCCAGUUCUACCAGAAGAGGACGUGGGCUUCUCUCCCUGGUCGUCCUGGAGCUCCUGCUCAAAGACCUGCAGUGAGGUGCACAGUCCAGCCACCAAGACCCGGCACAGACAGUGCACCAAUCCCCCCUGCUCUGGCAGCUCCCACCAGGAGAAGGCCUGCAACCUGCCGCAGUGUCCCGGUAUGGACUGUCCAGGAGGAGACUGCUCUCAGAGGAACUGUUCAUGGACAGAGUGGGGUGACUGGGGCUCCUGCUCUCGCUCAUGUGGGGUGGGGCAGCAGCAGAGGAUCAGGACCUUCCUCAGUCCGGGCUCCAAUGGCACCUGGUGUGAAGACAUCCUGGGAGGCAACUUGGACUACCGCUUCUGUAACAUCAAACCCUGCAGAGUUGAUGGAGGGUGGUCUCGCUGGAGCCCCUGGUCACGCUGUGACAAACACUGUGGUGGGGGUCGCUCCAUUCGCACACGCUCCUGCUCCAGCCCCCCACCCAAGAACGGAGGCAAGAAGUGUGAGGGAGAGAAGAACCAGGUGAAGCCCUGCAACACCAAGCCCUGUGAGGAGAAAGGCUGUCCAGCAGGGCAGGUUGUGCUGUGUGCAAACCAGUGCCCCCAGCGCUGCGCCGACCUGCAACAGGGCAUCGAGUGCCAGGGCAGCUCUGACUGCCAGCCGGGCUGCCGCUGCCCUACAGGCACUCUGGAGCAGGACGGGGCAUGUGUGCAGCUAUGGCAGUGUGACUGUGUGGACGCUCUGGGACACGUGUGGGCGGCGGGCAGCUCUCAUCAGGUCAACUGUAACAACUGCUCCUGCUCUGACGGACAGCUCCUCUGCACCAAUCACAGCUGCCAGGCCUCCUGCACCUGGAGCUCCUGGUCCAACUGGGCGCCCUGCAGCACCUCCUGUGGGCGGGGCCAGAGGACCAGAUACAGAUCUCUAAUACCUGAGACUGAAGGAGCAGAAUGCCAGUUUGAGGAAGUCCACCAUAAGUCAUGUGACCCAGGCCUGUGCCCGCCCCUCUGUCUCCGUGAUGACAAGGAACUUAGGGUGGGGGACACCUGGCUGGAAGGGGAGUGUCAACAAUGCACGUGCACUCCUGAGGGACCUUACUGCCAAAAUAUAGACUGCAGAGUGGACGGCGGCUGGACCCCGUGGUCAGAAUGGUCAGACUGCUCAGUGACCUGUGGCAGAGGGUCGCAGGUCCGGAGUAGAGCCUGCAUCAACCCCCCGCCCCGGAACAACGGAUCAGACUGCAUCGGAGAGGACAGGCAUAGCCAGGAGUGUCAUAGACCACCAUGUCUGGAUGAUCUGUGCCCCUGGUCGGCCUGGUCCCCCUGCUCUCAGAGCUGUGGGGCAGGCUCAGUGUCCCGGAAGAGGGUGUGUAUAUGUGAGGAGGGGGGAGACGCUGCCUGUCCCGCCCAGAUCCAAGACCACAGGAACACAGAGGAGACCCAGCUGUGCUACAAACGCCCCUGUCCUGGCUGUCCCAUGUCCCCCUGGACUGACUGGUCCUCCUGCUCCUGUGUGUCUCAGAGACAGCAGAGACAUCGUGUAGCUCUGGCUCCGGCCACAGGGGGGCAGCAAUGCUCUCCUGUAGAGACCCAGAGCAGACAGUGCAGCCUCCACAACUGCACUGAUGAGUGUAUGCCCCCCUUCGUGUAUUCACAGUGUGGGGCUCCGUGUGAGAAACAGUGUUCUCUGCUGGGACAGACCGAGCUGUGCCUGGGCCUGCGAGAGUGCACCCCCGGCUGCUACUGCCCACCGGGUUUGCUCCAGCAGAAUGACUCGUGUGUUGCUCCUCAACACUGUGGAUGUGUGUAUCCCCAAACCCCUCAGACCCCGGGACACCCCCCCACCCUCACCGUCGUCCCACAGGGGGGCACCGUCACCCUGGGCUGCUCCACCUGCUUCUGUCAUGAUGGGACUCUGGAGUGUGAUAUGAGAGAGUGUGAAGUGAUCCUCAGCGAGUGGUCAGAAUGGACGCCCUGCUCCCCCUGCUCCCCCUCCUCCUCCCUGGCCCUCAGCUCUACCACAGCGGGCACAGGGAUCAGGCUGGUGUCUCUGCAGAGACGUUUCAGAGCCUGCCUGGACUUGGACUCUGGACUCCCUGUGUCCCCCGAGGAGCAGAGCCAGUGUGUGGGAGCGCUGCAGGAGGAGAGGCUUUGUCCCGAUCCUAACAUCUGCAGAGACCAGUGCCAGUGGAGUGCAUGGAGCUCAUGGACAGUGUGUGCUGACCCCUGCAGUGGAGGAGUGAGACAGCGCUACAGGUGGCCUCUGGCCUCUCCCCCAGGGCCCCGUUGUAAGAGCCAACAAACUCAGAGCCAGAGCUGCAACACAGGCCUGUGUCCAGGUGAGCGGUGUGAAGACAGAGGGCGGAUCUACCAGGAGAGCUGUGCUAAUCAGUGCCCGCGCAGCUGCACCGACCUGUGGGAGCAUGUGCAGUGUCUACAGGGAGUGUGCCACCCAGGUUGUCGGUGUCUGGAGGGUCAGCUGCUGCAGGAUGGUCACUGUGUCCCUGUGACAGAAUGCCGCUGUGGCGUCCCAUCAGGGAACGGGACCCUGGAGUUUAACCCCAGAGAGACUGUCACUAUAGACUGUAACACCUGUGUGUGUGAGAACGGCACUAUGGUGUGCACAGAACUGCCCUGUCCGGUCUAUGAGCCCUGGGGCCCCUGGAGCAGCUGCUCUGCCACCUGCGGUAGAGGUCAGAGGUCACGAGCCCGACUGUGCCAGGAGUCUGAAGGAGGGCCCCCCUGUGUGGACAGCUCACAGACAGAGAGCUGCCCCCUGGCCCCCUGCCCAGACGGCUGUGAGCUCAGUGACUGGUCCUCCUGGAGUCAGUGUAGUGCCUCGUGUGGAGGGGGGGUGUCAGUGCGGAACAAGACUGUCCUCCAAGAGCCAGAGCCUGGAGGGGCCCCCUGCUCCGGGCCCCUGGAGCAGCACAAAGUCUGUAACACCCACCGCUGCAGGCCAGAGUGUCCCAAAAGUCAGGUGUUCAGUGAGUGUGCGGGGACAUGUCCACACACCUGUGAGGACUUGUGGACUCACACCCAGUGCCUGCAGGGUGACUGCACACCGGGGUGCUCCUGCCCGCCUGGACAGGUGCUGUUUGGAGGCUUGUGUGUGUCCCAUGCAGCCUGCCCCUGCUCGCCCCUGUCACUGCCCCCUGCCUAUCAGAGUGGGAACAGCAGUGUGGAGGAGUUAGCUGAGACUCUGCUGCCUCCAGGAACAACCAUAGAGCACCUCUGUAACACCUGCGUGUGUGAUGGAGGUCGUUUUAACUGCACCUCUGAUGUCUGUGAUGUGGACUGUGAGUGGUCUGGCUGGUCUCCCUGGGCUCCCUGCUCCGUGAGCUGUGGCACAGGGCAGCAAAAGUCCAGCAGACAUGUUCUGAGGCCCAAUCAGUACAGAGGGACCCCGUGUGAGGGCCCCAGCCAGCGCACCCGCACCUGCAUGGCCCCUGACUGUGCCUGUCCUGAGGGGGAGCAGUGGAAGCGCAGUGGCUCUGACAGUGAGCCCCUGUGUGAGAAGAGUUGCCUAAAUAUGUACAGCACUGCCCACUGCAGCCAACGCUCUGAGGGCCCCCGCGGCUGUGUGUGUGAGGAUGGCCUGUACCGUCACAACACCACAGGACAGUGUGUGAUCCCCGCCCUGUGCCCCUGCCUCCACCAGGACGUCCUGCGACAGCCUGGCACUCAGUGGGAGGAGGGCUGCAGGAGCUGUCGCUGUGUGAACGGGAGGACCCUGUGCCAGCUCAGGUGCCCACCACUGCAGUGUGAAGAGGGCGAGGUGAAGGUGGAGGAGCCGGGCAGCUGCUGUCCAGUCUGCAGGAAGCACUUCCCAGAGCCAGGUCCUGAGUGCCGGCGCUACACUCAGCUCCGAAACAUCACUAAAGGACAGUGUCACUUGGACAACGUGGAGGUCAGCUUCUGUAGAGGGCGCUGUCUGUCCAAGACUGACGUCAUACUAGAGGAGCCGUACCUGCAGUCCGUGUGUGAGUGCUGCAGUUAUCGUCUGGACCCCCACACACCGGUCCGCUUCCUCAAUCUGCAGUGUCCCAGCGGAGACACGGAGCCUGUGGUCCUGCCCGUCAUCCACAGCUGUGAGUGCACCAGCUGCCAGGGAGGAGACCUGUCCCGCCGCUGACCACAUCACGAAGACCAAC